GGGUCAGACAUUCAGUGUUUGGCUUUAGCCCAAGACAGCAGCAGUUAAUCAAAAUCAUCCAACCAACAAUGGCAGCAAAGAUUGUUAUCGCUUUGGCUCUGUUCGCCGUGGCUCAUGGAGCCGUUCUGAGGACCGCCGCCCCGGUGGCCGUUGCUCCUGCUCCCGUCCCCGUUCUGGCCAAGACCGUCGAGCUGGAGGAGGUGGACCCGCAUCCCCAGUACACCUACAGCUACGACGUGCAGGACACCCUCUCCGGCGACAGCAAGGGACACGUGGAGGAGCGCGAUGGCGACUUGGUCCGCGGAGAGUACUCCCUGAUCGACGCCGAUGGCUUCAAGCGCACCGUGACCUACACCGCUGACCCCGUCAACGGAUUCAACGCGGUGGUGCGCCGUGAACCCCUUGCCGCCGUCGUGGCCGCCGAGCCGGUGGUCAAGGUCGCCGCUCCUCUGGUCAAGGCCGUCGCCCCAGUCGCUCCCGUUGCCGCCGUUGCCCCCGCUCCCAUUGUCCGAUCCGCUCCUCUGGCCGUCGCCGCUCCCCUGAUCAAGUCCGCUCCCCUGGCGGUUGCCACGCCCCUUGUCCGCUCCGCCCCUCUGGCGGUGGCUGCUCCCGCCCCCGUUCUGCGCACCGCUGCCUACACCACGCCCCUGCGCUACGCCGCCCCCACCUACACCAUCGCCAACUUGUAAAUGAGCAGGAUGCG